UACGGGCUCCUCGCCCCCUCGCGGCCGCCGGCUGUCUGUCCUUUUGUCUGUCUGCGCUGGGGAGAGGGCCGGGGGCCAGCUCCGGCCUGGGGGCAGCCCGGGCUCACCCUCCCCGCGCCCACCCCCGAUCCCUCCCCGGCGGCUCCUCCUGCUGCCCCUUGGAGCUCUCGGGCGCGGGGCCGGGGGGCGUUUGCGCGGGCCGCGGGCACCCCGCCUCCUAGGGCUCUGGCGGGGACGGCCCCGGCGUCUGACAGCCUUGGGUGGAGCUGGGGGAGGGGAGGAUGGGCGUGGGCGUGCAGACUGGGGGGUAUCGGUCCCGGCGUCUGGGUCUUGCAGAAAAGCUUCUAAAUUUAGAUUUUAGAGAAGAUUGUGUUGUCUAAGGGUUUGUCUGAGCCGCCUCGGAAGACCUCCGGCUCUUUUCUGAUACAGAUCACUUGGAUUCAGGCGAGUUUGCUUUGCUCCGUGGGAACUGCACCAGAGCUGGAGGUGUGAAGUCCCGUUGGGUACCAUCUGGUCAGUUCCCCAUUUGACCACUAGGAGGAUUAUGAGAUGCAGCGGCCAGUGCUGAUUUAAAUAUGCAGAUACUCAUCUCUGUCUUCUGACUUGCAGCUUUAGUAUAUUGAAAUGUUGCCUGAUUCAAAUUAUCUGGCUUUCCUUCAGAAGAGACUUUAUCUUUAUCUUACAGUUUCAAUUUCUGAUCUCGAAAGGAGAAAAUAUAAAAAUUAAGUCAAGAUUCUGGUGUUUUCUUCUAUAAUAGAGAAGUCUGAAAAAGAACUGUUUGAUGUGCAGAUAUGCUAGAAGACUGCCUGAAAGCUGCUUCCUUUGCCACUUCCUGUGGAGGCCUGUCUUUGCCAUUUGCGGUUUCUUUCUUCUUUUGGUUAGCAUCUUGCAAGGUGGUAGUAAUAUAUCCAGUCAUUAAACUGGGAAGGAUCAGAGCUCUUGGAUCAGGGAAACAUGUCCCGUCGGAAACAGACAAAUCCAAAUAAAGUUCACUGGGAUCAAGUAUUUGCUGGGCUAGAAGAGCAAGCCCGCCAGGCGAUGAUGAAAACUGAUUUUCCUGGAGACCUUGGCAGUCAGCGACAAGCUAUCCAACAACUAAGAGAUCAGGACUCCAGUAGCAGUGACAGUGAGGGUGAUGAAGAGGAGACCACACAAGAUGAAGUCUCUUCCCACACAUCAGAGGAAGAUGGAGGGGUGGUCAAAGUGGAGAAAGAGUUAGAAAAUACAGAACAGCCUGUUGGUGGGAACGAAGUGGUAGAGCACGAGGUCACAGAGAAUUUGAAUUCUGACCCCUUACUUGAACUCUGCCAGUGUCCCCUGUGCCAGCUAGACUGCAGGAGCCGGGAGCAGCUGAUUGCUCACGUGUACCAGCAUACUGCAGCAGUGGUGAGCGCCAAGAGCUACAUGUGUCCUGUCUGUGGCCGGGCACUUAGCUCCCCAGGGUCAUUGGGUCGCCACCUCUUAAUCCACUCAGAGGACCAGCGAUCUAACUGUGCUGUGUGUGGAGCCCGGUUCACCAGCCAUGCCACUUUUAACAGUGAGAAACUUCCUGAAGUACUCAAUAUGGAAUCCUUACCCACAGCCCACAACGAGGGCCCCUCCAGUGCUGAAGGCAAGGACAUUGCCUUUAGUCCUCCAGUGUAUCCUGCUGGAAUUCUGCUUGUGUGCAACAACUGUGCUGCCUACCGUAAACUACUGGAAGCCCAGACUCCCAGUGUACGCAAGUGGGCCCUUCGUCGACAGAAUGAGCCUUUGGAAGUAAGGCUGCAGCGGCUGGAACGAGAGCGCACGGCCAAGAAGAGCCGGCGGGACAAUGAGACCCCCGAGGAGCGGGAGGUGAGGCGCAUGAGGGACCGUGAAGCCAAGCGCUUGCAGCGCAUGCAGGAGACAGAUGAGCAGCGGGCUCGCCGGCUGCAGCGGGAUCGGGAGGCCAUGAGGCUGAAGCGGGCCAACGAAACACCAGAAAAGCGGCAGGCCCGGCUCAUCCGAGAGCGAGAGGCCAAGCGGCUUAAGAGGAGGCUGGAGAAAAUGGACAUGAUGUUGCGAGCUCAGUUUGGCCAGGACCCUUCUGCCAUGGCAGCCUUAGCAGCUGAAAUGAACUUCUUCCAGCUACCUGUAAGUGGGGUGGAAUUGGACAGCCAGCUUCUGGGCAAGAUGGCCUUUGAAGAGCAGAACAGCAGCUCUCUGCACUGAACCACACCUUCCUGCCUGCCAUCCUACCCACCCACCCACCCACACGCACGAGGCCCUGUCCUUAUUGCCAGAGGCAGGCCCGGGUUUGUUGCAGGUGGACCUGUGCAGCCCUUGCAUGUGGGAGCAGGAUGAUGGGGUCAGGAGGGACCUGGCUCAAGGCAGCUCUGGACAAGGGAGCAGGCACUCCAGAGAACUGGACUCCCCAGCCCACUGCCACAGGCCUGCUUCUAGGACUGUGGGGCCCCUGUGUGGCCCAUGAAGUUGUGAGGUCAAAUAAAUUAAUUUUAUCUUUA